AUUAAGGGCUGUGGCGGGAUUGGCUCCGGGUUUGGGCUGGUCCGCUGCUCCCCACCUACCAGGGUCGUAUCCGGAGCUCUUCCCCGCGGGGCGGGGGACCUCCGAACAGCCGACUCCUUUCCAAGUGAAGGGUGGCUCGGCUGAAGAAACACUUAAAUUCUGGAAAUAGCGACUCAGUAUCAUGGCCAGCAGUCUUAAUGAAGAUCCAGAAGGAAGCAGAAUCACUUAUGUGAAAGGAGACCUUUUUGCAUGCCCCAAAACAGACUCUUUAGCCCACUGUAUCAGUGAGGAUUGUCGCAUGGACGCUGGGAUAGCUGUCCUCUUCAAGAAGAAAUUUGGAGGGGUAGAAGAACUUUUAAAUCAACAAAAGGAAUCUGGAGAAGUGGCUAUUCUGAAGAGAGAUGGGCGAUAUAUAUAUUACUUGAUUACAAAGAAAAGGGCUUCGCACAAGCCAACUUACGAAAACUUACGGAAGAGUUUAGAGGCAAUGAAGUCUCAUUGUCUGAAGAAUGGAGUCACCGACCUCUCCAUGCCCAGAAUUGGAUGUGGUCUUGAUCGUCUGCAAUGGGAAAAUGUAUCUGCGAUGAUUGAGGAGGUAUUUGAGGCAACAGACAUCAAAAUUACUGUGUACACACUCUGAAUCAAUAAACAUUUUGGAUGUUUCCA